AUGAAGUUAAACGAUAUUGUCAAUACAUCUUUUACUCUAUGUGAAGCUAUUGAAUCAAGCAAAGUGGUAAGGAAGAUUCCCAGAUCUCUACCUGAAAUAUUCACAAUGAAGGUGGUAGCAAUUGAAGAAAGCAAAGACAUUAAUAAAAUAAAGGUAGAAGAAUUCAUUGGCUCACUACAAACUUUUGAGGCAAGUUUUCUAAAACCUAAAAAAUCAAAAAGUUUUAAGAAAUUCAUGAAGAAUAGAAACUCCAAGGAUUUCAAGAAGGAGGAAUCUUCAUCGUCCAAAUCUAAAAGGAAAAGUAAAGAUCCAAAGUCCACUCAAUGCUUUGAAUGUAAAGGAUUUGGACAUUUUGCUCAGGAGUAUGCAAAUCGAAAAAAGAAGCCGAAGGCCUAUCAGACCACUUGGAGCGAUGAUACAGAAGAAGAAUCUGACGUUGAAUUAGAAGAGGAAAAUGAUACUCCAGUAGGUUUUCCGGUAACCUUAAGCGACCAAAGAUCCGAAACAAGCUUAGAAGAAGAUGAUUCGGUUGUUGAUAUAUGUGAGCUUCAGGGUGCCUAUGAAGACAUAAUUGAGGAUUGUAUCAAGGCUAAAAAGGAAAGACACACAACUAUUAAAGAGAAGGGACUUCUAGUUCAUUUGCAGAACAUACUUGAUAUGCAAAAGACAAGCAAGGAGACGAUUUUGGAGCAGGAAAAACGAAAGUGCAAUAUACCAAACGUGGUGAAUGCUAAAAAUGGGAGAGCACCUCUUCAGCUAAGGUAUGAAAAUUUUUAUCGUUUUGGCAGCAUUGCUCAGCCAUUCCAUCCUCAAUCCUUCUAUGAGAAAAAUUUUACAAAGAGUUCAGAAUCAAGGUCCAUGUUUGUCCAUAUAUCAUUAGCUGCAUUCAAGACUAAUUCUUGGUACCUGGACAGUAGUUGUUUAAGACAUAUAAGUGGUAACAAAUCUUUUGUCACAUCUUUUGAGUCUUUUGAUGGUGGAAAGGUAACUUUUGGUGAUGGGAGUCAAGCUAAAGUAAAAGGUAAGGGCAUGAUAAGAGCUUUUGAUGAAUGCAUCUUAAACAAUGUUCUUUAUGUUAAAGGUCUCAAAGCCAACUUAAUAAGUAUUAGUCAUUUGUGUGAUUCAAAAUACUCUACCUUGUUCACUAAACGAUUUUGUAGGAUCUACAAUGACAAACAUACGUGCAUCUUAAAAGCUAAGAGAUCUUCGGAUAACUACUAUACUAUCUCAAUUGAAGCUGGUUUUUCAUGCAAGUCUUCUAUUGUCUCUACCUCAGACAGGCUAUGGCAUGAAAGGCUUGGGCACCUCAACUAUCAAGACUUGAAGAAAUUGUCAAAUAAGGAGGUAGUAUGA